AUGAACCUGGACCUCGAGGGUGCUGUGCUUAUCCCAAAUUCAGAGGCUCCUCCCCUCUUCACGGACACGUUUUGUCCCAACUCGCGCCAGACUCUUAGAAUCUGCUUGAACUUGAAGAUCUUGAUCGACAAGGUUAUCCCCAUUGUCUUCGACGAAAAAGAUGUUACUGCUGCCGGUUCUCCCAUUCUCAACUCCAACGUCAUCGACUUGGUCUACCGUGCUGCUGGAGGUAAAGGUGAUGGUAAAAAAGGCACCACCUCGGCUCGUUAUAGGGCUGCUCUCAUCUUCAGUUUGUUGAAGGUCUGCGAUUGGUACUGGCAACAGGCUGAAAACGAAUUGACAGACAAUGCCUUGUACUCACUUCGUGCCGUUGCUGCACAGACAUUGGCUGCUACUUUAAUUGAAAGGGAAGCUGACGACGAGUACUUGUUCCUCGGUAUGUUGUGUCACAGAUACACCAUCAAUUUGAAUGGUGUUGACUCCGUUCCUGCCAGUGCUUUGGAAAUGGCUGUAGACAUGCACUCAACCAUCGUCAUCGGAUCCUCAGGAUACCAACGUUGUGUCAAGUGGCUCUGGAGAGGUUGGAUAGUGCAAUCUUCGACGGAUCCUCAUUCCUAUGUCAUGUACAAAGGUGUUUCUUCUCACUCUAUCAGAGUGCACUUUGACCCCAAUAGAAUUAAGACGCCAUUGUACCAAAACAUUUUGGAAAUCUUGUUCUCUGUCAUCUAUUUGAUCUUGUUCACUAUCAUCUUGAAUGGCCAUCAGUAUACUACCUCCGGGCUUGAUGGCUUCGAAGUUUUGUUCUACUUGUUCACCUUAGGUUCUGUCAUUGAUGAGUUUGUCAAGUUCUACCAUGUCGGCUACCAUUACUUGGGGUUCUGGAAUGUCUUCAAUGAUACCAUGUACACGAUCAUUGCCAUCAGUAUCGGGUUCAGAUUCGCCAGCUUCAACUCCCACGGUUCACUCAGAGACAGAUACGACGAGAUGUGCUUCAGAGUACUUUCUUGUGCUGCUCCCUUCAUGUGGUCCAGACUCUUGUUGUUUUUGGAUGCCCAAAAAUUUGUCGGGGCUAUGAUUGUCGUCAUCAAGACCAUGAUGAAGGAAUCGAUUUUGUUCUUUGUUUUGCUUUUUGUCGUCAUUGUUGGUUUCCUUCAAGGAUUUCUUGGUUUAGAUGCGUCUGAUGGUAAGAGCGAAGCAACGAGACGUAUCUUGAUAUCUUUGGUCCAAGCCGUUGUAGGUGAGUCCAGUUUCGAUGAUAUGGGAGAAUUGGUUCCUCCAUAUGCCUCUGUCCUCUAUUACAUAUACACCUUCGUCUUGACUGUUAUCUUGAUGAACAUCUUGAUUGCAUUGUACUCUACAGCCUAUGCUGCCAUCGUUGAGAAUGCAAAUGAUGAGUACUUUGCCUUGGUAGCUCAGAAGACAUUGAGAUACAUCAGAGCACCUGACGAAAACCUCUACGUACCUCCUUUCAACUUGGUGGAGUUCUUUGUCAUACCUUUCGGUUUCAUUUUGUCGAAAAAUGCCUUCAGAUACCUCAACCACUAUGUAAUGUUGGUCUUGUACUCUCCAUUGUUGGCCUACAUAACUAUGGACGAGUUGUCUAACGCUAGAAGAAUCCAAUAUAACAGAUUCAAGGGUUUACCUGAUGAUGCUAACGAAUUGGACACCGAAUGGGACUUGACUGACGGUUACGAUGAUCUGUCUACUGCUGGAAUUGAAGGUAUUCAAGAGAGAAACGACGAAGUAGCCCGUGACUUGAGAGAGCAAAGGGAAGGUGAAGGCAUCGAUCCUGAGUUUGCUAUCGAUAUCAAGCAAUUCCAAAAGGACAUUGACGAAGUCGUCAAGCCAGUCCAAGAAGCCAACAAGAUUGGUAUCAAGUGGGAGUUCUACGAGCUCUACCACAAGAUCGACAAGUUGACCCAGUUGUUGGAGACUGUUGUGGCUGAAAAUUCUGAGUUGAAGCAGAAGCUUAAGGAUUCCAGUGCUUAGGCUAGAUGCCAGAGAUACUCUACAGACUGAAGAGUUGUGUCUAGAUUGAUUUUAAAAAAGACAAUAAAAGUGAUUUCAGAG